CUUCUUAUCCAUCUUGAUCUUGACAAUUAAUUAAAGAGAUUGACUGCAUAAACUACAUUCUUUAUUAUAUUGAAGUUUGGGAAAUUAAAUAUAUAUAAAAUAAUGGUGGUCGAAAAGGUGGUUGAUGCAACGUUGAAGACGACGACGAACCAGGAGGGGGAAGAGAAGAAGAAGAUGGUGGUGAUGGGAACGGCGGUUUUGAUGAAAACGAAUGUGUUGGACUUGAACGACUUCAACGCCUCCAUUGUCGACGAUCUCUCUGAUAUUCUUGGCCACAAGACCCGUCAGAAAUGGAGUUGGGUGAAAAUGUUGCUGCUUGGUUCAUUAUUGACAACGAAGCAGCAGGGGAAGAAGAAGAAGAUAAAGGGAAGGGCGGUUUUGGCGAAGAAGAAUGCUUUAGACUUUAACGACUUCAAAGCCUCCAUUGUCGACAAUCUCUCCGAUUUUCUCGGCCGCAAAGUGUCUGUUGAAUUCAUCAGUUCUGCUCUACCCCAUUCUUUAGGAAAGCGCAGCAAGGCCACCUCUUUGAACAAUUGGGUGCUCAACAACCCCCUUUUAGCCUCCGGCGAGUCGGCGUUCGAAUUUGGCUUCGAGUGGGAUGAAGAUUUUGGGGUUCCGGUAGCGUGCGUCAUCAAGAACAAUCAUCCCAACGAGUUCUUCCUCAAAACCAUUACCCUCCAUGACCUUCCCAAUCAUGGCGAUGUCCACUUUGUAUGCCACUCUUGGGUUUAUCCGGCCUCUAAAUACAACUACGACCGCGUCUUCUUCGCAAACCAGGCCUUACUUCCGAGCGAAACGCCUGCCCUGUUGAAGGAAUAUAGAGAACAAGAAUUAGUAAUAUUGAGAGGAACUGGAAGUGGAGAGCUUAAGGAAUGGGACAGAGUGUAUGACUAUGCUUACUACAAUGACUUGGGUGAUCCAGACAAAGGUGAAGAAUUUGCUAGACCUAUUUUGGGUGGAAACUCAGAGUAUCCUUAUCCUCGUCGAGGAAGGACAGGCAGAUCCCCGACAAAGACGGAUCCUAAUUUUGAAAGUAGGAUUCCGCUUUUGAUGAGCUUAGAUAUAUAUGUUCCAAGGGAUGAGAGGUUCGGGCAUCUGAAAUUGGCAGACUUUCUUACUUAUGCAUUGAAAUCUCUGGUUCAGUUUUUUCUCCCUGAGUUUAAGUCUCUGUUUGAUUCUACCCCGAAAGAGUUUGACAGCAUUCAAGAUGUACUUAACCUCUAUGAAGGAGGGAUCAGAUUGCCACAAGGGCCCUUGUUCAAAGCCAUUACUGAUAACAUUCCCAUUGAGAUGCUGAGGGAAUUCUUCCGCAGUGAUGGUGAGGGGCUCUUUAAAUUCCCUACCCCACAGGUUAUCCAAGAGGAUAAAACUGCAUGGAGAACCAAUGAUGAAUUUGGAAGAGAAAUGCUGGCUGGAGUGAACCCUGUGAUCAUUAGUCGCCUCCAAGAGUUCCCACCAAAAAGUAAACUGGAUCCUAAUGUUUAUGGUGACCAAACCAGUAAAAUCACAAAAGAGAAUAUCCAAGGCAGAUUAGAUGGUCUUUCAGUUGAGGAGGCAAUCAAGAAUAACCGGUUAUUCAUAUUGAACCAUCAUGACAUGCUUAUGCCAUAUCUGAGGCGCAUAAAUUCAACAAAUAACAAAAUCUACGCCUCAAGAACUAUGCUUUUCUUGCAAACUGAUGGCACUUUGAUGCCUAUAGCAAUUGAGCUGAGCUUGCCGAAUCCACUUGGAGAUAAAUUUGGUGCUAAAAGCAAAGUGUACACACCAGCUGAAGAAGGUGUUGAAAAUGGUGUGUGGCAAUUAGCUAAAGCUUAUGUUGCUGUGAAUGAUUCAGGGGUUCAUCAGUUGGUCAGCCACUGGUUGAACACACAUGCUGUGAUUGAGCCAUUCGUUAUUGCAACAAAUAGGCAAUUGAGUGUACUUCACCCAAUAUAUAAGCUUCUGCAUCCCCAUUUUCGUGACACCAUGACUAUCAAUGCUUUGGCUCGCCAGAUAUUGAUCAAUGCUGGUGGAAUUCUUGAGAAGACAGUUUUCCCUGGCAGAUAUGCCAUGGAAAUGUCUGCUGUAGUUUACAAGGAUUGGGUUUUCACUGACCAGGCACUCCCAACUGAUCUUGUAAAGAGAGGUGUGGCGGUAGAAGACCAAAAUUCCCCACAUGGUGUUCGCCUACUAAUUGAGGACUACCCAUAUGCUGUUGACGGGCUAGAAAUAUGGUCAUCUAUCAAAACAUGGGUAGAUGAUUACUGCAAGUUAUAUUACAAGUCAGAUGACAUGGUACUGAAAGAUACUGAACUUCAGGCUUGGUGGAAGGAACUCCGAGAGCAAGGACAUGGUGAUUUAAAAGAUAAGCCAUGGUGGCCUAAAAUGCAGACAGUCCAGGAGCUGAUUGACUCAUGUACCAUUAUUAUCUGGAUAGCAUCUGCUCUUCAUGCAGCUGUUAACUUUGGUCAAUAUCCCUAUGCUGGUUAUCUCCCAAACCGCCCAACCCUGAGCCGCAGAUUCAUGCCGGAGCCUGGAACUACCGAGUACAAGGAGCUUGAGACUGAUCCAGACAAAGUUUUCCUAAGAACAAUCACUGCUCAGCUCCAGACACUGCUAGGUGUUUCCCUUAUUGAGAUUUUGUCAAGGCAUCCUUCGGAUGAGGUGUACCUAGGGCAAAGAGAGUCCCCUGAGUGGACAAAAGACCAGGAAGCACGUGACGCGUUUGCACGAUUUGGAAAGAAGCUUGGGGAUAUUGAGGAUGGCAUAAUGAAAAUGAACACAGAUGUAAAACUGAAGAACAGAACAGGGCCUGUGAAGGUACCGUACACGUUGCUCUUCCCUACAAGUGAAGCUGGUCUAACUGGCAAAGGCAUCCCAAACAGUGUCUCAAUCUAGAGCUUCAGAACCUGUAAAACUUUUCUGGUGUUCUCUGAUUUCAUAGCUGCUUUGACUAUCCUCUCUGAAGAACCCAUCAGGAUUCAGAUGCUCUCACAGGUCCCUCAUGGUUGACUUUGGGAGACCCAUCUGAUUUCAGAAUGGAAUUUUGUUGGGGAUCAGCAUAUCUGGGCGGCUUUGUUCCCUUUUAUAGGGGGGUUUGCUUUGUUUCCUUCUUUUUUGUAUAUUCGAUUUGUCUUUUUUGAGAGUACCCGCAAGUACUCGCGGU